CCUCAUGUAAAACCAGCGUCACACAGACCGCAUUGCGUACAUCCACCACCUCAAGAGCUCCGUUCGUAUGCGCGCGCGGACAUCCCGGCGCUUGCUUCUUAGGCUCGCAGCCGUUCUCGUCUCUCCAGCUCCACUCCGUCGAAGGUCGGCCGUAGCAUUCUCGAUAUUUGUUGCCGUCAAGUGCACGCUAUCCACUCGCCGUACUAGGCAUCCGUGUUCCGUGUUCCAUUCCCGCGUGCUCUUUUAGCACUUUCGAGCAGUUCCGAGCAUAAGGCGAAUCAACCAGCAGACUUUGAAGCCGAGGAACGUUUGGAGGCUGAGAGUAGCUGAUCUUUCAACGGAUAGCCAUAGUUUCGACGGAUUUGUUUGUAAAGUCAUCGUUUCGCUGCUAAGUUUGGCCGUGUGUAAUAAGCAUAUAUAGCUUGCCGCGGUCUGCUUACCUCAGGAGCUGAGUUGGAGUUUAACAUGUGACGCUUGGAAGGUUGCGAAGCUCGUGAUCAGAUGACGCAAGAUCCUUGUCAAUCGCGAGUGCUUGAACAUGACGAUCAGUGGCAAUAUUGAGCAGCACCACUAGGGACUGGAGGUAGAGGUCGUGUUUAGUUAAGUGUCGGUACGAAUUGGCGUCGUACGUGUGUGGACUGAAUCAGCGUGCUUAUUCCCCUCGACCGGUGACGGAACAGGAGCAGAAGCGACAUUGGAGUUAGGUUGAUAGAAUCAGCAUACGCCAAGUUUUGCUGACCCUUCAGUCCUACGCAACGACGUUAUUCCCAAGCGAUUGACUCUUAACUCCAGCGAUAGCACCUCCUUGCUGUGAAGCGCGCCGUUAGCGCCUGGACAUGACGAACACCACCGACACGGCGCAGCAGGAGCCGGCGCAUUCCUCGGGUCCCGAGGUAGCGCUCGUGUUCAUCGGCGUGUCGCUGGCGCUCGGCGCGCUGUGCCGCCAGGUGCUGAGCAACACGCGCAUCCCCUACACCGUCGCGCUGCUGCUCGUCGGAGUCGGCCUCGGCGCUAUGGAGUUCUAUGUCAACCUCGGCCUGCUGGGAGAAAGCAUUCGCAUGUGGGCCAACAUUGACCCGGAGCUGGUGCUCUACGUCUUUCUGCCGGCGCUCCUGUUCGAGAGCGCCUUCUCCUUCGAGUUCCACCAGGUCAAGCGCUGCCUGGUGCAGAUGUUUCUGCUGGCAGUGCCUGGCGUCGCCAUCUCCACUGGCUUCCUCGGACUCAUCAGCCGAUACGUGCUGCCGUACGGGUGGAAUUGGAGCACUGCCAUGCUGCUGGGCGGGCUGCUCAGCGCCACGGACCCCGUGGCCGUGGUGGCGCUGCUGCGCGACCUGGGCGCGUCCAAGAAGCUCAGCACCAUCAUUGACGGCGAGGCGCUCAUGAACGACGGCACGGCCAUAGUGGUGUUCCAGCUGUUCCUGCGCCUGACGCUGGGGUACAGCUACGGCAUCGGGGAUGUCAUCGGCUUCCUCUUCAAGGUCACGCUCGGAGGGGUGGGGCUGGGUAUGGCGUUCGGCGUUGUGAGUCUGCUGUGGCUGCGCACCAUCUUCAGCGACCACGUCAUCGAGAUCACCAUCAGCCUCACCGCCUCCUACAUGGCAUUCUUUGUGGCCAAUGACGUCGCCCAGACAUCAGGAGUUCUCUCAGACAUGACGCUCGGCAUCAUGUUUGCCAUCUUCGCCAAGACUGCCUUCACAGGGGAAAGCGAGCAGAGCAUGCACCACUUCUGGGAGAUGGUUUCGUACAUCGCCAACACGCUCAUAUUCGUGCUCAGUGGAGUGGUCAUCUCAGAGAGCAUUCUAGCGAACUCCAACUACAUCAAAGGCGUGGACUGGGGCUACAUGUUCCUGCUGUACGUCUUCGUGCAGCUGUCGCGCGUGGUGGUGGUGGGGGUGCUGUACCCCGGCCUCGCCUCCAGCGGCUACGGGCUGUCCUGGAAGGAGGCCAUCAUCCUCGUGUGGUCGGGGCUCAGGGGCGCCGUUGCCCUCACUCUCGCACUCCUUGUCAGCCACGAGCCAGUAUCAGAGCACAUCACCAAAGAAACAGAAGCCAGGUUCAUGUUCCUGACGGGCGGCGUGGUCUUCCUCACGCUCAUAGUGAACGGCUCCACCACGCAGUUCCUGCUGGCCGCGCUCAAGAUGAACAGCACCUCCGACAUCAAGAAGCGCGUGCUCAACUUCACGCGGCAGGAGCUGUGCGGGUAUGCCGUCAAGACGUUUGAGGAGAUUGGCGACGACGAGGAGCUGGGGCCCGCGGACUGGGCCACCGUCAACGAGUACCUCACGUGCCUCAAGCAGCCCUCCUCCCACGGGACACUGUCUGCCAGCGCCUUCCUGAGCAGAUUCGGAGGCUCGGGAGCAGGUUCGGGCGGAGGGUCGGGCGUGGGGGUGAUGAAGAGCCACCCGCACGACCACAGCCAGUCGCACGAGCAGCUGAGGGAGCAGCAGCUGCACGACACGCGGCUCAGGUUCCUCAAUGGCGUGCAGGCGGCGUACUGGAGCAUGCUGGAGGAGGGGCGUGUCAACCAGACGGCCGCCAUGCUGCUCAUGCAGGCCGUGGCCGAGGCCACCGACCACACCACGCAGCAGCACCGCCUGCUGCUCUGGCCCGCUCUGGAGCCGCACGUGCGCAUGCCGCGCUACCUGCGGGUCAUCCACCGGCGGCUGAGGAAGGUGCUGCCGCAGCGCGCCCUCAACUGGGUCACCGUGGACCGCCUGGAGCUGGCCGCCUCCAUGGCUGCUGCGUACAUCCGCGCGCUGAGGCACGCUCGCCAGCAGAUGAGGGACUUCCUGAAGGACAGUCCGAUAUCGGAGGCGGUCAUUCUGGAGAGCGAGGAGGAGGAGCACCCCGCCAAGAAGUUUAUGGAGGACAUGCGGCUCAACUUCCCGGAGGUGCUCACGAUCAUCAAGACCAAGCAGGUCACGCACGCCAUCCUACAGGGCCUGCACGGGUACGUGGAGAACCUCGACCACUCGGGGCUGCUGGACCAGAAGGAGGUGGUGCACCUGCACCGCGCAGUGCAGGUGGAUCUGAAGAAGCUGCAGCGCAGCCCGCCCUUUGUGGCCAUGCUGCCGGCGGGGGAGGUGUUGGCGCGGCAGCCGCUGAUCGGCGCGCUGCCGGCAGACAUCCGCCUGGCCCUGCUGCAGCCGCUCAAGGAGGCCACCAAGCUCUCCGACUCCACGCUCUUCCAAGAGGGGCAGCCCGCCGAGGGCGUCUGGCUCAUAGCCUCCGGCACCGCCAAGUGGACGUCAAAGCGGGCAGAGGCGGAGGCGGAGGCGCACGGGCACCGGUUCAUCCCGCCGCUGUUUGCGCAUGGCAGCUCGGUGGGGCUGUACGAGACGCUGAGGGGUUGCGCGUACAUGAGCUCCGUGGUGGCGGACAGCGUGCUGCACUGCUUCUUCAUCGACAGGCAGAGAAUUCUUGCUGCGCGGGACAGCAGCGACGCCAUCGGGGAUUUCCUGUGGAAGGAGAGCUGUCUGGAGGUGGUGCGGGUGCUGCAGCCAGAGGAGUUUGGAGCUCUCUCCAUGCACGAGCUGCGCGUGCUGCUCACCGACUCCGCACACCUCCUCACCUGCCGCCCUGGGGACACGCUCGACCUGCUGCCCUCACAAGUCGCUGUGCUGCUGCUCGGCUCCGUGCGGCCCGCUGACCCCUCCUUUCUCCGUGCCUCUGGGUCUGCCCUUUCUCUCCCUGGUUCUGGCGCCGCUGCUGCAUCAGCUGCAGGCAGAGAGCAGGUCGAGGGGGACGGGGUGUCGGAUGCAGGGGGGGUGCAAGAGGCGAUACCAGAGGAGGGCGACAGGCUGCUGGGGGGGGACAGUGGGGACGGGGAAGGAGAAGAAGGCGAGCGGAAGAGCAGUGGGGAGGGUGGUGGAGGCGGGUCGAAUGGACGGGUGGAGAACGGGGUGCUCGUGGCCAUCGAUGCUCCCGCGAUACUCACUGCCCAGCCACUGGCAGGCCCAGCCACUGAUAGGUCAGGGUACGGCGACAGCUCGGCCAUGCUGCAGGGGCGCUACUCCACGCUCUCCCUCUGCAAGCUGCUUGUCAUCCACAUGCCGCGCGACAUCAUGUCCAUCCAAAACACGCCCACCAGGUCGUUCCACGUGCACCGCCCGCAGGCCGUGCGUGACCACGACGGGCUGCUGCGCUUCGGAGCGGAGGGCGCGGAGGAGAGCACCCUCAACGACGCGCUGCUCGCAGCCAUGGGGGUGGGGGAGCAUGCUGCCGGGGGGAGUGGGGCGGGGCGAGGCGAGGAGGGCGGGGGCGGGUUUGGGGAUUUGACUGAGAGUGAGAUGACGAUGCCGCGGGGCAGUGAGCUGGCGGCGGCACUGAGGGACCGGGCUGCAGUGGACCAGACGCUCAUGGAGCGGGCCAUGGAGCUCAGCGUGUUCGGCAGCAAGCUCAACCUACGGCCGCGCAGGCCCACGGACACGUCGCCCCACCACCACUCGCAGCAGCAGCACUUCUCGCACUUCCACGCCCACUACCACAGCCACUACAACCUGCACGCCGCGCGAGUCAGCCCCUCCCCGUCCCCUGCCACAGCCCUCUUCGCCGCCUCCCACUCGCAGCUGCUGCACGGGGGACCAAAGGCCACUCGCGCUGUCAUGUCAUCAGGUGCCAGCGCUCGCAAAUCCAGCGACCCUAAUAUUGUACAAUCCAUGCACAGCGGCCAUGCCAGCUCAGCAGCUCAGGGCCAGCUGGCUCGAGGUGGGGCCCACAGCACGUCUCUGUCUGCGAUCUUACCUUCGCUUUAUGCAGCAGCUGCUUCUCAAACUCCUGGCAGCGAUGGCGGUGGUGGCGGUGGUGGUGGUGGCGGUGGUGGCGGUGGUGGUGGUGGCAGUGGUGGUGGUGGUGGCAGUGGCAAUGCUGAUGGGGUGUUAAAGGAAGGUGGCACUGAAGGAAAGGAGAAGGCUAAGAUUCCCCGUGCUUUUCUGCCGCCACAUCGGCCGCCAUCCUCCGCCCCAUCGUCUUCCAGUGGUAUUCCUAUUGACCGCCAACCUGGUGCACCAGAAGGAGAGGCGUUCCUAGGGAAUGCACAAGGGAAGGAAUCACGGGGAGGGCCAAUGCGUGAACUACAUCCAAUUCCUUCUGCUUCCGUUGAAAGAGUGGCGGAUGAUAGCGAUGAGGAGGAUGGCGCUGGAGAGGAUCAUGUCGUCUCCAUCGAUUCUCCCAGUCGUCUUUUCUAGUAAUAUGAGUGCACAUUUCCACUUUGGGGAGUAAUAAUAGUGUGUGGCUAGGUUGCUAAUUGUUGUUUCCUAUUUUAUUCAUAAUUUUUUUUACAGAUACACUCUGGAAUCCAGGU